AUGGUUGCGGAUGUGGAGACCGAUGUUACGGCCGCACAGCCAAAGAAGAGGACGUUCAAGAAGUUCAGUUUCAGAGGCGUGGAUCUCGAUGCUCUCCUCGACAUGUCCACUGAUGAGCUUGUUAAGCUCUUCCAUGCUCGUGCUCGCAGAAGGUAGUUUC